AUGGAAGCCAUUGUAACAAGACCGACGGCGCCGCUCUCGUGCUGCUGCCGUGUGCUCGGCUCGAGGACAGCCAGCAACAGCAGCCUGCUUCUCAGACCAGCGACAACAAUCCCCUCCGGCGCCCGCCAAAAGUCAAGUGCCGCGAGGACUAGGCGCGCGCUCCGGAUUCCGCCGCACCCUUCUUUCAUCACCAGCAGCCCAGACGGCUCCCCGCGCCCCUCAACCGACCGCAUCGUCUUCAACCCGCCCUCGUCCGCCGCGUCCGUCUACCACACGCCCUUCAAGUUCCUCCCGAAAUCCGACCCGCGCCGCCGGGCGAACCUGGCCGCCGGCCUCUUUGCCUCGUCCACAACAGUACAAUACACGGACGCCAUAACCUCCCCACCCAUAUCAUCAUCCUCACCCCCCCUAUCCGACUCCGAAAAAACCCAAACCCAGCUCCCGGCAUUAUCCCCGCAGGACCUGCCCGUGGUGGUGGAGGAGCGCAAGCCGACGCACCACCUGACCAAGGAAGACAUUGAGCAGAUGCGGGCGCUGCGGGCCGAGGAUCCCGUAAAGAACAGCGUGCAGGCCCUGGCCGAGCGGUUCGGCUGCUCCAAGCUGUUCGUCAUGAUGUGCUGCCAGUCGCCCCGCGAGCACCGCGACCGGAUGAAGGCGGCCGAGGAGGCGGCCAAGGCCCGCUGGGGCCCGCGCCGCGCUGCCGCCAGGGAGGAGCGCGCCCGGCGCUGGGAGAUGGUUGCUAAUGGCGAGAUUUGA